AUGGCAACCUUGUCAGGUAUAUUAUAUAUAAUCACGUUAUUUCGUGAGAUUAUUCGCUUGGUGACUUCGCUAGCUAUCGAGUCAAUAACUGAUUCUACUUUGAUCCUGUCUUCGAGUUCAGAAGGAACUAUAUCCUUUGACAACAGCAGUCGAAGGGGUGACAGUGUCUUUAGUUCUAGUUUAAGAUCAUCAUGCUUUAAUAAAGAGCUCGCAAGUGACUCUACUUUAGAACGCAUAUCACUUAAUUGCUUAAAGACAGCGGCUAAUUCGCUCUUAAUAAGAUCGGUACCAUCUGUUCGUGAGUUAGAACUCAUUAUUAAGUUAGACAUGGAGUCAUCCAGCAACAUGUGUGGAAUAAGUCCACUCCCACUAUUAUCUGGUGCAACAGGAAAUGCAGAGCAUGGG